ACGCUUCAACAUGGCUUCCCCCACAAACCCACAUCCUUGGCAUGGGACUCAUCUCUCCGCCUAAUCUGCAUAGGUACCGCCACCGGCGCCGUCAAAGUUUUUGGUCGUCCUGGUGUCGAAUUCUACGGCCAACACCAGAACCCCAUACCUGUAACGAAGGUAAUUUUUCUUCCAAACCAGGGCCGCGUCGUGACGUUAUGCGACGACAACUCCUUACAUCUGUGGGAGGUCAACAGAAGUUCUCUGGUGGAGGUAAAGUCACAAGCCCUGGAGGGCAAGUUGAAGAAGAUAUCCACCAUGUGUUUGGAAACGGCAGGGAAACAUUUAUUGCUCGGCACGGAAGGCGGUAACAUAUACCUGCUGGAUUUGAGUACCUUCACGAUGACCCCUGAUAUUAUUUAUCAGGAUGUCGUUAUGCAAAAUGUUCCACAAGAUUAUAAGCUUAAUCCGGGAGCUGUUGAGUCCAUUUUCGAACAACCAGAGCAUCCGAACAACAUCCUUAUCGGUUACAACAGAGGAUUAGUCGUGCUUUGGAACAGAGCGGAGAACACUGCUGUUAAAACUUUUAUUUCAAACCAGCAGUUGGAGUCGCUUUGUUGGAAGGAGGAUGGCAAAUUCUUCAUUAGUUCACAUAACGAUGGCAGCUAUAUGGAAUGGAACAUCGAUCAGACAGACAAACCUUGCGGUGAUCCAGUCACUACUUACGGGCCUUAUUCUUGCAGAACUAUACCAAAAAUCUUGACCAGAGAUUUAAAUGGGGAACCACUAGUCGUAUUUUCAGGUGGUCUUCCCAGAGCAAAUUACAGCGAUAAAUAUUCGGUGUCCGUGAUACACGGUGAAAAGCAUGUUGCUUUCGAUUUUACCAGUAAGGUAAUAGAUUUCAUCCUCAUUGAUUCGAGAGCCCAUGAAGAAGAAGAAGAACCGGAAGAGGAAACCGAAAAUGAAAAUGAGGAAGUUAUAGUAGCUAAUGGUGAUAACGAGAAACGGGAGCCUGAAGCCCUAUUAGUGCUGGCGGAAGAAGAAUUGGUAGCUAUAGAUUUAAAAGAUGAGAAUUGGAAGAUGAUGAGCCUUCCUUAUUUGGUAUCGCUCCAUGCGUCUGCGGUUACGUGCACCCAAUAUGUAUCAGGAGUGCCCGAGGAACUAUGGGAACACGUAAAAGAUGCAGGAAAAGUACAAACGAGCCACCUUUAUUCCAAUCGUUCCUGGCCUGUCGACGGAGGAAAGUUGUUGUGUUCAAAAGGGGCCCAGCCGAAAAGAGAACUGUUACUUACCGGCCACGAGGAUGGUACGGUGAGAUUCUGGGAUGCCGGAGGUGUUACCCUAACCCCACUUUAUAAAUUUGGAACAUCGCAAUUCUUUUCUGGGGAUGACCUAGAAGAAGUUCAUCCAGAUCCGGAAGACCUUGAAGAAGAGUGGCCUCCUUUCCGGAAGACUGGCGUGUUUGACCCUUAUUCGGACGACCCUCGUUUGGCGAUUAAGAGGGUGACAUUGUGUCCUCUUUCUGGCACCCUGGUGGUCGCUGGUACUGCGGGACAAGUCGUUAUCGCCAAAUUUGACACUGAAGUUCUUGACGGACCCCUUAAACUUGCUUCUAUGAAUAUCGUUAGUGACAGAGACGGGUUUGUUUGGAAAGGUCACAACCAGCUAACUCCUAAACAAGGUGACAUACACCAAACUCGCGGUUUCCAAGCCAACUCCAUACUUCAGCUCCAUCCUCCGGCCGCUAUAACUUGUUGUGUCCUUCAAGCAGAUUGGGGCUUGGUUGCCGCCGGCACUGCUCAUGGACUUGCCCUUCUAGAUUAUGUUAAAAACAAACCCGUUAUGGUCAAAUGCACGCUUAAUCCAAACGAUCUCACUGGUUCCGGUGAUACGCCAAUUUCCCGCCGAAAGUCCUUCAAAAAAUCGCUCAGGGAGUCUUUCAGGAGGUUGAGAAAGGGCCGUUCAACCAGGAGGAAUGCCACUAAGGAAGAGAGCAAGCAACAACCAGCGACUUCGCCCGCGGGUAGAAAACCACCAGGCGCUGAUGAGACCUUCAACCCUCUUGACCCCAAGCCAGUCGAAAGACAAAUAGAGGCACGUCCUGCUGAUGACUCCAUGGGUUCCUUUGUUAGAUGCCUAUAUUUCGCGAGAACCUUCCUCGUUAGUGUACAAAAUACAAACCCGACACUGUGGGCCGGUACCAAUAACGGUACGGUAUAUGCUUUCACAAUAAUGGUGCCUUCAACGUCAAAACGAGAAACAGAUGACGUCACUUGUCAUUUAGCCAAAGAGAUACAACUAAAACACAGGGCUCCCGUCAUAGCAAUAGCUGUACUCGACGGUUCCAACAAACCUCUCCCCGAACCGUUAGAAGUGGAGAAAGGCGUGGCGCCUCUGCCGGACACCACCCAGGCACACAGAGUGAUCAUCGCUUCAGAGGAACAGUUCAAAAUAUUUACGUUGCCUUCCCUGAAACCGUUCUGUAAAUAUAAACUAACUGCACAUGAAGGUGCAAGAGUGAGACGAAUGGCUUUCGCAAACUUUACCUGUCAGUUAGAUACUUCGACUACGAUGCAUUCCGAGGUUGAUUUAAUGUGCCUAACGAAUAUGGGUGACUGCCUUGUUCUAAGCAUUCCAGACUUAAAACGACAGUUAAAUGCAGCUGCUAUUAAAAGAGAAGAUAUAAAUGGAAUAUCUUCGCUUGUGUUCACGAAAGAUGCCCAGGCUUUAUACCUACAUUCCUCUUCCGAACUGCAAAGGAUAUCUUUGUCGGCCACGAGAAUCACCAUGGCUAGAUGUUACCUGCCUCUCCCCGUCGGCGCUAGAGAGGACACGGUUUCUGAAACUGCGUCGGACAACGAACGUGAGGGACAAGACAUUUCCACCGAUGCCCCUUUAGUUAACGGCAACGCUGAAAGUAAAGAGGGCAGCGUUGAAGAUAAGUCGGAAGACGUGAGGUCGAACGGGGAGGAAAACCAGCACAAUAUGACUGUUUCCAGUAGCGUAGGCGAUAUAACGAUAGACAGCGUGAAGGACCACUUGGGUUCAGGUGAGGAAUUAAAUCGGAGAAUAUCGGGCUUAUGUGUUACAAAAACAGUCACAACAAUCAUCAAUACGAAUGAAGAUGGGGUGACCUCAUCCAACACUACCACCACGACUACCGCCCAAGCAGCCCAAGAUACAAAUUAAGGAGAUACAAGUGAGUGAUAUAUUGCUUCGAGCACCCUUAGCAUUGGCUGAAGAGGAUUCCUAGACCCAUUUUGACUGGGGGGGCAUGAAAAACUGUCAAUAAUUUGCCAUAUCAACAUGAUCAGUAUUUCGCAUUAACAUGUUAAGUUUUAUUUUCAUAUAAUUGUUUAGCUUAUAGGACAAAUCCUUUUAGAUGUGUUUUAAAGUUUUUAAUUAUUUUCGUUUUGUUCAUUUGUGAAAGUAUUGUUAGCGUACUUAUUAAGGUAUAAGGAAAAUCGGGACCAUUUUCAUUUCAAAAUUUCCUGCUGCGGAAGUGUUAAAACGAAAUGCUGUUCAGGUUUUAAUUAAUAGUUUAUUAUUAAUAAAUUUUUUAUAUAUCAUCAUAUUGUUAAUGUUUUUAUUAUUAAAAACUUAUGGUAUUAGAGUUCUCGGCAAUAUCCAGAUCAAAUUUAUUGUAUUAUUAUUAUUAUUAUUUUAAAUCUGAGAACUUUAAUAUGCGGAAGACUUUCUGAAGAAAUAUUUGGUAUAGCUUUUUAUAUCCUCAUCCAAGCUAAAGCUUCGCUGUUUAUACAGUUUAUUUUAACUUAUUAAAAAAAAAAAUUCUUGAGACCUUUGGGACCCUAGUGUAGUAGAUUUUAUUAAAUAUAAACUUUUCCACAGUUAGUCUAAAAUAUACCGUUAUCUAAGAGUUGCGCAUUUGAAGUUGAGUGUUUAUAGUUUGUUGAAAAUUUAUAAAUAUAACACACCUAUGUCUUAACUGUGGUCAAAGGUAAUUUUAAUAGCAGCUUUUUUAUACAAAACGUGGUGGAGGUUUGUGAGCGAAUGUGUGAGUGGAGUUCUAAGUUUUUAAUAACAAACAAUAAGAACUUGUAAUAUGGCCUUAACAUUUCGUUAGAUAUUUUAUAUUCGUAUUUUAUUCACAUUUUAUUAAAGUUUAUAUUUAUGAUUUCACAUGACAGAACAUCACUAAAGUGAAUAAAAAUCAA